AAAGUAGCUCGCCCACACACAUGUCCGUUAGAUUCAAGUCAGUGUCAAACCAAAACAAGUUCAGUCUAAAAUCAGACUCAAGAAUCUAGUUUCCAUUUUCAAAAUGAUCUAUUAUUUGCUGCAGGCGGUUUCGACUGCCAUUUUUGGCACAGUUGCCACCGUGUGGCUGAUCGAAGAAACUCUAAUCAACCUAAUGAUGACCAGCUUUUUGAUGGUAUUGCGCGUCGCCUGCCAUCCGCUGAUGGUGUUGCCAACCACCUUCGGGGUCUAUUUUCUGAUACGCAAGGUGUGGCUUCGACGUCGACAAGUUGAUGGUGAGACAAGUGUUAUCAUGGGGCAGCGCUCAACAAUACGUUCUCCAAGAAUUGGGUCUUUUCGCAGCAUUGGUAGCAUUUCAUCGCGUAGUAAUGAUAGCUGCGAUUACGAAGACGACGAGAUUCGCGGCUCGCUCAGAUCGUAAUUCAAUCAGAGG